AUGACUGGAGUUUUUGACAGUCUCAGUACAGAUAUGCAUUCGAACCAGAUUACCUCGAACAGUUACCACAGCUUGCAUAAAUCGCAGGAGUCCCCAACUCUACCAGUAUCGACUGCAACGGACAGCAGCUUUUACAAUAGCCAACAGCCUGGAUACUGCGCAGGGUCUCCAUAUGGCCAACUCGGAACUUACCAGUACCACAACAGUGGUAUGAGCAGCGUUCAAUACAAUACUAAAUCAUACGACCUUGGUUUCAACUCUUAUGGCACCUACGGCUCCUAUGGUUCGAGUUCUUCACCGACUCCAACGGAUGCAGAGAAAGAAGAAAGUGAACCUGAAAUCCGAAUGGUUAACGGGAAACCAAAGAAGGUCAGGAAACCUCGAACUAUUUAUUCAAGUUUCCAACUGGCCGCCCUUCAACGGAGAUUCCAAAAGACACAGUACUUGGCUUUACCGGAGCGAGCCGAGCUGGCAGCCUCAAUGGGCCUUACACAAACCCAGGUGAAAAUUUGGUUCCAGAACCGUCGCUCCAAGUUCAAGAAGUUGUGGAAAAAUGGAGAAAUCCCCCCUGAGCAACAUGUGACCUCCAGCGAGUCUCCCCCCUGUAACUCUCCACCCGCCACUGCCUGGGACUUUCCACAGAAUCAAAGAAUGAACAUUGUAAACUCCAGUUUAUCUCAGAGCAGUAGCCCUCCAAAUACGACUGCGCCUUCUUUCUUGGCAAACUAUUCUUGGUACUCAUCAACGAACUCUGCAACGCAUCUUCAGGCUGGCCCGCUUGUCCAGCACCACCACAACUCCGCCUUGAGCGCUGGGACAAUAUUUUAA